UCCAGCCGCCCCCCAGGUUAUCAAUCCAGACUAGGGAAAACGUUAUCUCUGCGCUCUGUUAAAUCUUGCCAAAAUGAGCAACUCCUAUCUCGGAAGCAGCUGGAGCUUCAUUCCCUUUACUGAUACCCGUACUUCUACAGGAAAAUAAAGCAGCACCGCAAUCGUCUGCACUCCCUGUAGAAUACCUGGACAAGCUAUUACUCUCCAUCAUAGAAGACAGGAGGGAAAAGUCAAAUAUACUCACCAUGAUGAGGUGUUACCACAUCUGCAAACUUCCUGGGAGAGUGAUGGGAAUCCGAUUGCUCCGGUUUUCUUCCAUCAUCAUCCUUGUGUUACUACUGGUGGCAGGUGCUUUGACUACCUUGCUUCCUAACAUAAAAGACGAUAAAAUGCCCACUUCUCGCAGGGAAGCAAAACCCCAGAGCCAGUCUGCCCUGGAUUCCUUUACUCUCAUCAUGCAGACGUACAACAGAACGGAUCUGUUGCUGAGGCUUUUAAAUCAUUACCAGGCGGUGCCUCAUCUGCACAAAGUGAUUGUUGUCUGGAACAACAUUGGGGAGAAGGUGCCAGAGGACUUGUGGAAUGCCCUUGGGCCUCAUCCUGUCCCUGUGAUUUUCAAAAUACAGACUGUGAACAGAAUGAGAAAUAGACUCCAGACUUUUCCAGAAUUGGAAACCAAAGCUGUCUUAAUGGUGGAUGAUGACAUGCUAAUUAGCGCUCAUGACCUCGUUUUUGCAUUCUCUGUUUGGCAGCAAUUUCCUGAUCAGAUUGUAGGAUUUGUCCCUAGAAAGCACGUCCCCACUGCUUCGGGUGUUUACAGUUAUGGCGGUUUUGAGCUGCAAAUACCGGGAUUUGGAAACGGGGACCAGUACUCCAUGGUGCUGAUUGGAGCAUCAUUCUUUAACCGCAAAUACCUCGAACACUUCCAGAGACAACCAGCGACUGUCCACGCACUGAUAGAUGAGACACAGAAUUGUGAUGAUAUCGCCAUGAAUUUCAUGGUCUCCAAGCACAUUGGGAAGACUUCUGGGGUAUUUGUCAAGCCUGUAGAAAUGGGCAAUUUAGAAAAAGAGACCAGCAGUGGCUAUUCUGGAAUGUGGCACCGGGCAGAUCACUUCCUGCAGAGGUCUUAUUGUAUAAAUAAGCUUGUGAAGAUCUAUGACAGCAUGCCCUUAAAAUACUCCAACAUUAUGAUUUCCCAGUUUGGGUUUCCAUACUAUGCCAACCACAAAAGUAAAAUGUAAAAUAAAUUAAUAAAUAACAGCCCCCAAUCUGCUUGGGUAUCUGGGUAGCUUCUCAG